AUGACGGUUGCUGGUGAUAACCCAUACCAGUCACUGGACGCUGCUGAGCAGCACCCAUCUUCAACCUCCACAACUGUAAAACCUACAAGCAACGAGUCUGACCGCUCAACAAUUUCCUCUAUUCUCGAGGAAAUAAAUGACCAUGCUGAGAAAAUCUCAACUUCAAGAGCUCGUACUACCCCUUCUUCAGGUAUCCACCGUGAUUCCCAUGACGACUUUGAAGACCUGGACUUUGAGCGCGCUGGCGGACUGCCAAAUGACGAUGACGAGUUUGACGACACGGCAGCAGACGACAAGGCUGGGUUUCUCGGCACCACUCCUAAAAAUAAUAAAAAGAAACAGGCUUCACGUAGAAGAACAUUUCUAAUGCUUGCCACUGGUCUUAUUCUUUUCCUACUUUUAGGAUUUUUCAUGCUAUAUGCCAUUCGUAAUGCCCCAGCUUCUACUUCUUCUUCUUCUUCUUCUUCUACUACUACCACCACCCCAGAAACGACCUCAGAUGCACCCACCACUGAAAAAACCUUAUCGGGACCUGGCUUGUCUCAGCCCCAGAUUGAUUCCGACAAGAAGCUUUUCCUUAUGAAUACUUGGCGCACAGGAGCUCUCCGCGCAGAUUUUGAAAGUCUUGAGUGGGUCCCACCUGCCCCAGGUUCCUCUGAUGUUCUUUUGCUUGAAGAAAGCAUUGACGGGUUUGCUCUUGUCAACUGGCCCGACCGCAGCUCCCGAAAAAUUAUCUUUACUUCAGACCAGCGCUCUUUCCUUUUUGAAAAGGAUGUUUUCCUUGUUAGCAGACUUCUCCUCAGUCCGGACCAAAAGUACGCCAUUCUCGUGGCAAACCAGAUUAAAAACUACCGCCAUUCUUCCUUUGCAAACUACUUUUUAUACAACAUUGAAACAAAGUUCACGGAACCUCUUUACCCGGGCCACCAUUCCAGCAAAAUCGCAGUCUCAAGAUGGUCCCCGGCCUCUGACAAGGUCGCCUUUGUUUUGGAUAACAACCUCUACAUUCGCGAUAUCACCUCCCAAAAUGUCGACCAAAUUACUAAAGAUGGUGGUACUGAGCUCUUCUAUGGCCGCCCUGAUUGGGUCUACGAAGAGGAAGUUUUUGGCGCCGACUUUGCUCUCUGGUGGUCCCCCAAGGGUGACUAUCUCGCUUACCUUCGCACAAACGAUAGCGCUGUUGAAGAGUUCCCCAUCCCUUACUUUGUCCAAAAAUCUCCAGCCUCGUCUCACCCUUACCCUAAAGUCCGCAAAAUCAAGUACCCCAAGCCUGGUACUCCCAAUCCUGUUGUCGAUCUUUUGCUCUUGGACGUCAAUUCACAGGAAUCCUACCACGUUCCUGUUGAAAAAAAUGAUGAAGAAGAUCUUGAAAAACUCAUCACCGAAGUUGUUUGGACCGGUGACUCCAAGGCUGUUUUGCGUAUCUCGGACCGUGAUAGCUCUGUUCUCCGUGUUGGUGUCAUUGAUGCCGAAAAACGCACUGGCAAUGUUUCCCGUCGCGUUGAUGUUGGCAAAAACAGUGGCUGGUUUGAAAUUUCUCAAAAUACCCACUUCAUCCCGGCUGACCCUGAAAAAGGACGCCCUGACGAUGGUUACAUUGAUAUGAAUGUUAUUGACGGCUACAACCACUUGGUCUAUUACUCACCCAUUGAUAGUGGUGAGCCUAAGGUUAUUCUCACUAGCGGUCCUUGGGAGGUUGAUGAUGCUCAAGUUGCAUUUAACCCCAAGACUAACCGUGUUUACUUUACAGCCACCAAGAAAUCCUCCAUUGAACGUCAUGUUUAUUCCGUCAAACUUGAUGGUACCGAUUUGAAGGCCAUUACCGAUGAGUCAAAGGAUGGCUGGUACGAUGCAAGUUAUUCUCCCAACAGCAAGUACGUCGUUUUGAAUUAUAUGGGUCCUGAAGUCCCUUGGCAAGUUGUUCUUGACCUUGAAGCUGAUGAUAUUUGGGGAUCUGCUGUGCACCUCCAAGAAAAUGAUAAGCUCAAGGAAAAGCUCAAAGAAUACGAGCUUCCCACCCGCAUUUUUUCUAAAGUCAAAGUUGCCGAAGAUAAUGAUGGUAAUGACAUUUUUGCUAAUGCUGUGGAAUACCGUCCUCCAGGCUUUAAUGAGUCUUUGCAGUACCCAGUUCUGUUUUACGUUUAUGGUGGCCCUGUAUCACAGCUUGUUCAGAAAAUCUUUUCUUAUUCCUUCCAGCACGUUGUCUCAUCUUCUCUCAAUGCUGUUGUUGUAACUGUUGAUGGUCGUGGAACUGGUUUCCGUGGCCGUGAUUUCCGCAGCGUUGUACGUGGCCAUUUGGGCCGCUAUGAGGCACAAGAUCAAAUUACCGCGGCCAAGGAGUGGGCAGCUAAGCCUUAUGUUGAUUCAGAGCGACUCGCAAUUUGGGGCUGGUCCUACGGUGGGUUUAUGACUCUCAAGACGUUGGAAACUGAUGGCGGUGAAACAUUUUCUUAUGGAAUGGCAGUUGCGCCUGUUACUGACUGGCGCUUCUACGAUUCCAUUUAUACUGAACGCUACAUGCGUCUUCCUGGCCCCAAUAAGGCUGGGUAUGAUGAAAGUGCCAUCACUAAUGUGAAAAACAUUGCAAAAAAUACGCGCUUCUUGGUGAUGCACGGGAGCGGUGACGAUAACGUGCACUUCCAGCACACAUUGACAUUACUUGACAAGUUUGAUCUUGCUGGAGUUGAACGUUAUGACAUGCACGUGUUCCCAGACUCUGAUCAUAGCAUUUUUUACCACGGUGCAAACACCAUUGUCUAUGACAAGUUGCUGCAUUGGAUCGGAGACGCUUUUUCAGGCAAAUUCUUGACUCUGUUAAAAAAGCGUAGUGAGAUUUGA